AUGUCGAUUGAACGUGACAAUCGCCGUGUGGUUAAACGCCGCCCGAUUCCCGGGCAUGCACUUGAUCGAGAUCCCGAGAGGACUAGCACACACAUGAUCUCGGCAGACGAUGCGGAGUACCCGCGGGAAUACAGGACCCUGGGGAACGGGACCCGGCGCUUCUCCAACGUGGGGCUGGUGCACACCUCGGAACGCCGGCACACGGUGAUCGCCGCCCAGAGCCUGGAGGCCCUGACUGGGCUCCAGAAGGCCGAGAUGGACCGCAAGCGAGACGCCUUCAUGGACCACCUGAAGAACAAGUACCCACAGCACGCCCUGGCCAUCCGAGGCCAGCAGGACAGGAUCCGGGAUCAGCAACCCAACUACUGGAGCUUUAAGACAAGAAGUUCGCGGCACUCCCAGGGCUCCCAGCCCGCCCUGGCCGAUCAAGCCAAACUCUCCUUCGCCUCGGCCGAGUCCCUGGAAACCAUGUCUGAAGCCGAGCUGCCCAUUGGAUUCAACAGGAUGAACCGGUUCCGGCAGAGCUUGCCUUUGUCCCGCUCCACCAGCCAAACCAAGCUCCGGUCGCCAGGGGUCCUUUUCCUGCAGUUCGGGGACGAGACGAGGCGCGUCCACAUCACCCACGAGAUCAGCAGCAUGGACACGCUGCACGCCCUCAUCGUCCACAUGUUCCCCCAGAAGCUCACCAUGGGUAUGCUGAAAUCAUCCAACACCGCCAUCCUGAUCAAGGACGAGUCGCGCAAUGUCUUCUACGAGCUGGAGGACGUCCGGGACAUCCAGGACAGAAGCAUCAUCAAAAUCUACCGCAAAGAGCCCCUCUACGCCUCCUUCCCAGCUUCGCACAUCACCAAUGGGGACCUGAGGCGGGAGAUGGUUUACACCUCCAGGGAGUCGUCCCCCACCCACCGGCUGAACAGCAUGUCCCCCGCUUCCCACCUCACCUCUGGCUCCCCUCCGCCCGUGCUCCAGUCUUCCUCCCCGUCCCGCUCCCGCAUGUCCUACAGCGGCGGGCGCCCGCCCUCCUACGCCGGCAGCCCCGUGCACCACGGCGAGCGCCUCUCCAACCUGCCGCCCGCCGCGGGCGUGUCGCCCAGCCCCAGCGCCAUCCUGGAGCGCCGGGACGUCAAGCCGGACGAAGACCUGGCCGGCAAGAACAUGGUGCUGGUGAAGAACGAGGGGCUGUAUGCCGACCCCUACGGCAUGGUGCACGAGGGGCGGCUCAGCAUCACCUCCACGCAGUCCCUGGCCGGCAUGGGCGACCCCUUCGCCUACGCCGGGGGGCUGUACAAACGGGGCUCGGUCCGCUCCCUCAGCACCUACUCGGCGGCCGCCCUGCAGACAGAGCUGGAGGACAGCCUGUACAAGCCCAACGCCCAGAUCUACAGCGACACCUAUGGGCCCAGCCUCGGCUUCCGCAUGCCCCCGUCCUCCCCGCAGAAGAUGGCUGACGGCCGGCUGGUGGACGUCCAGCAGGGGCAGAGCCCUCACAGUCCCUACUCGGGGCCGCCCAGCAGGUCCUCACCUGUCCGCCAGUCCUUCCGCAAAGACUCCUGCUCCUCGGUCUUCAUGGACAGCCCCGUCAGCAAGCCCCGCAACCCCAGCUCCUCGGGGCCCCCCGAACUCUUCCCAGGCCCCGGGGAUCGACCCCUAUCAGGGUUCGGUCCUCCCGUGCCCGCCAAGGAUACGGAAACAAGGGAACGGAUGGAAGCCAUGGAGAAGCAGAUUGCCAGCCUGACGGGGCUGGUGCAGAGUGCGCUGCUCCGGGGCUCCGAGGGCGAGACCCCCAGCGAGAAGACGGACGCCACCAACGGAGGGACACCCCCGUCAGCACCCGCCAGCCGGAGCUGCACGGGGACUCCGAUCCCCGCCCCCUCGUACCCCUCCGCCACCAGCACCCCAGCCGGGCAGCCGACGGCCAUCACCCGCCUGCACAUGCAACUGCACCUCCACGACCUGCAGCAGAACGCCAGCGACCUCCGCAACCAACUGCAGCAGCUGAAGAAGCUGCAGCUGCAGAACCAGGAGACGGUGAAGACGAUGCUGCGGCGGACGGAGACGGAGAUCAGCGUGCGGGUGACGGACACCAUGCGCAAGCAGGAGGACCCCCUGCAGCGUCAGCGCAGCCUGGUGGAGGAGGAGCGGCUCCGCUACCUGAACGAGGAAGAGCUAAUCACCCAGCAGUUAAACGACCUGGAGAAGUCGGUGGAGAAGAUCCAGAAGGACAAUCACCGGCUGGUUCCUGUGCAGGAGCUGGAGGAGAAGGCCAUGGUGCUGAAACAGCUGGGGGAGACGCUGACCGAACUGAAGGCUCACUUCCCUAGCCUGCAGAGCAAGAUGCGGGUGGUGCUGCGGGUGGAGGUGGAGGCCGUGAAGUUCCUCAAGGAGGAGCCGCACCGGCUGGAUGGCUUGCUGAAACGCUGCAAGACCGUGACAGACACCCUCGCCCAGAUCCGCAGGCAAGUGGAUGAGAGCGUGUGGGCUCCGUCCAACAACCUGAGCCAGUCCCCGAAGAAGGUGGCAUCAGAGAUCGAUUUCAGCAAGGGCCUGGAUUUCGAGGUCCCCACCAGCCCCCCGAUGAACCUCCAUGACCUGACCGCCUCCACAGAUACCCUGGGCACGCCGGGCUUUGGGCAGAGUGGCCCCCAGCCCCCCAAGAGCAAUAACCCCUCCCGGGCUCCGGAGAUGGUGCCGGCCAAGACCCAGACGGGCCCCGAGACUCCCGGCAGGAGGAGCGCGGACAAGGCCGUGUCCGUAGAGGCCGCCGAGCGGGACUGGGAGGAGAAGAGGGCAGCGCUGACCCAGUACAGCGCCAAGGACAUUAACCGCCUCCUGGAGGAGACCCAGGCCGAGCUCAUGAAGGCCAUCCCCGACCUGGAGUUUGCCACCAAGCACAAGCAGGCCGCCGGCAGCGCCGCCUCCACGCCUGAGCACAAGCCCUCCAAGCCGCAGCACGCACAGAAAGCCACCGCCAAAAUCGACCCCAAUGGCCGCCGGGGCUCAGACGAGCUGACAGUCCCCAGGUAUCGGACCGAGAAGCCCUCGAAAUCGCCGCCUCCCCCUCCUCCUCGCCGGAGCUUCCCUUCCUCCCAUGGGCUGACCACCACCCGCACCGGCGAGGUGAUCAUCACCAGCAAGAAGGACUCGAGCUUCAUGAAGAAGGCCGAGUCGGAGGAGCUGGAGCCCCAGAAGCCCCAGGUGAAGCUAAGGCGGACCGUGUCGGAGGUCACCAGGCCCGCGUCCACCCCACCCAUCAUCGCCUCCGCCAUCAAGGACGACGACGAGGAGGACCGGAUCAUCGCCGAGCUGGAGGUGUUUCAGAGAAGCUCUGGCUCCCCAUUUAUCCCCAAGUUCCGCUGCGACCGGCUCGCGGCCGCCGUCUCCCCCGCUCCCGCAGACUUGUGGCCCAAUGGGGCCGCGCUGGCAGCCGAAGGAUGGAAGGCUGCAGCGGCCAGCCAGCCCGAUGCUGGAACAGACUCCAGCCGCCAGCUGUCAGUCCAGGAACCGGCCUCUCCAGCCAGCCCGGCUGUCCCUCUCCCUCAGAUUGUGCUCACCGAGUGGGUGUCUGACCCACCUUCGCCUGAAGCUGAACUGGAGGUGGCUUCAGAAACAGGCAGCCAUCCGUGCACUAACCAGUCCAGCAACAGAGAGGUGGGAAUGGAAGGAUCUCCACCUGUAGAGCCUACACAGACCAUGGCGGAAACCGAGAGAAACUUGGAGGGGUUGGGGCUCUUGUCAAGCAGCCCUGAGAACCAGGCUGAAAGAGAGGAAAACUCUCUCAUCCAGGUGCCAUCUGGUUUCUUAGAGCAGACUCUGUCGGCGCCUGGAAGAAGCCAAGCCUCACCCGUCCAGCCUGGAGGUGCUCCAGAAGGAGAGAGAGCAUUCUUAGUAACAAACCCCCCGACCCAGUCUCUGUCAAAGGAUGAAGGGAACGCCUUGGUUGAGGAGGGAGGAGAAAAGGUUGGGACGUUGAACGCCGGAGAGGAAGGCAGCUGCGAGACUAUGGCCUACGGGCCAGUUGUCCGUGUGGAGGACAAACCCCUCAUCGAUCUCUUGAAAGAACCCGCGGACCCCGAAUUGGGUUCCGAGAAGGUCUCCUCCAUCACUGACGAAGGGUCUAAAGCGGCCGUGGGAUUUCACGGCGAUGUCUCAGAACCCAAAGCCAGGAGAACCAAUCCAAGCUCGGAGAGGAUGCCCCCCACUUCUGAAGACCCCAGUGGGGCUAGCAAGCAGGCGCAAAGGGAAGACCUCACUGGCUGUCCAGUCUCAAAGUGUCCAACACCAAGACCAAGAUCUUUCCCAGGCAAAGAUCCAAACCAUCAGGUGUCUGAACAACUCACAAUACAGCCUACUGAGGAGUACUUCCGUGCUUCAUCGAGAUCCAGGGAACAUAGAGCCACCUCUGGACGGAGAACCCUAGACCAACUUGCAGAUGGAGAGGAGACCAAGGCAGCCUCGAAUACUGGAGGGUCCCCAGCAGAGAGAGAGCAAGAACCGGACCUAGAAGGCAAAACCAAAGAGGAAAUGUCUCCUCUCGGCUUUGCAAGUCUAAGCAGCCACGAGAUUUGUGAAUGCACGUACCAAAGACUGGACAGCCUUGAAGAAACUAUCCGUGAGCUGGAGAUGACCAUUAAUGAAAUCAAUAUCCACCCGUCAGCUGAAUUUCUAUUCCGGAGAGAGCUGCUAGGACAGCAGGGGUCUCAGGAUGACAGAGGGCUAAAAGAGGGCUUGGGGGAUCUUGAACACAGUUGCUGGCAUGCCAGGACCGUGGAUUCAGGACAGGGUGAGGCUGAUGCUCCCAGGAGGUCAUCUCUGAGCGGGACCAAGCCGCCUCUGCUACCCAAGCCACAGCUUCCGCUCGACAGUCCUAAGAGCGGCGGGGUUUCCAUUCCAGCCAUGAAGAUGGUGAAUCCGGCCUCCAGGCUGAAGCAGAACCAGCAGGGAAGCCCGGACAAAAGCAAACACAUCAAGCAGAGAAUGGAAUACAUGAGGAUCCAAGGACAACAGCAGAGCGCUAAGAACUUCACUCCGCCCGUUCUACGAGCUUCAAGCAACGAGGACAGUGCACAGCGCCAGAACCUGCCAUGCCUUGUUCAAGGGGGACCAGAACAAAAGCAGAAGGCCGUUGACGGGGGGAGGAAGGGUGUGGGGGGGAAGCGGCUUCUGAAGACGCCUCAGAAACCCUCAGAUCUGACUGUUAAUGCGGCUGCCACUCCGUUUUUCUUUCCUUAAAGUUUUUAAACAGCUGUAACUGUGAUUAAUCCUGUAGGAAACUGUGCUACAGUCUUCUAGCCAAGUCUUCAUGGGUCAGUGGUGUUUUGACUUUGGGGCCUGUGUGUGCAGCUUUUCCGUUGGGCUUUUGAUUGUUGACUUGCUGAAAGGUCAGUGCUGUAUUGAAGGCCACCAGGGCUCAUCUUGCAAGAAGCCAGCGGGUCAGUGUUUGCGUUAGCUUCACUGUCUCUUUCUUCCAAGGGUUUCCAAGGGAAACACCUGAGUGGGUUUAGUCGGCGAGAUUGCCUAGUGCUUCGCAAAGGGAAAGACCAAAGGUCGGGGCAUGUCAGUGGCAGGGAGGCAGAAUGUUACUCCAAGAGAUGUGGCUGAAACGGGUAGAGAAAUUGGAAUGAGACGGGGCCGGUUCCUGAAGGAGUCAGGUUUCCCGUAAUCUUAGUUUCAUAAUGUAGCACUUUAAAGGUUUGGUCAGUUCCUUCCUGUAGGGAGAGAGAGAAACUGCCGGAGGCAGCCCAGGGCUGCAUGGAGCAGAGGGGUGAUGCUGAACGGUGAGGCCAGGGGCUGGGUGGCACAGAAGGGGCCGAUCAUGUUGGACUGAGGGACGUGGGAGGGGAGUGGAAUGGGAUUGGGAAAGGCAGAGGAACGCAGGCGGGAAGGGUGAGGUUGUAAGCCCUGGAUCUCGACUGGGGCAGAAGGAGCAUGACCCCAGCAAGGGUCAUGGCUUGUAACCGCCCUGCCCUUCCAUAUUGUCCUGCACCGGCAAAGGGUGAAUGCCACGGUACUAAGCAAUAUACUGUGUGCCCAGAUGGGGGUGUCCAUGCGGAGGCUGCGAAUGCUCUUGGAGUUUAAUGCUCCUGUUCCGUGUCCUGGCCUCUGCAUGGACUCAUUGGUAAGUGGGAGUCUGGCAUAACGGGGCCUCGCCUUGGGCUGAGGUUGGGGGCGGGGGUGGCAGUCCCCUACCGGGCCCUCUGAAACCUAUAGCAAUCAGCUCUGGUCAGGCAGGGCCACAGGGAACACACCAGGGGCUAGUGGCUGGUUUGCACCAGUAGCAGCGCCCCCAGGGGGCUGUAACACCCAGGAGGUGAGCGGGGGGAAGGAAUGCAAAGUACAAAUAGGUGAGGAGCUGCCCUUGCACGUGGCUGUGACAAAUACACUGCAUAGCAGGGCAAAGGGCUAGGGCUCGUUAGAGGAACCCGAGGGAGGGAAAUGGGGAAUGAGAUUAGUAGACGAGCCACAGGUUCCAGUGGCCAAUGCUGGGUCUCUUGGGCUCAGUCUGGAGCCACGGAGAAUGGGCACAAAAGAGGGGCACGUGUCCUGGACUCAGAUAGGUACGGAAGAGGUUUGUUAAAGUACAAUACAUACAUGUGCGUGUGUGUGGGGUGGGUGGGGGGAAUGGCCAGUCACUGGACAAACAAAAUGUAAGCACAGAUUAUAUCUAGGGGGAUCUAUGCGAGCUGUGUGUGUGGGUGUGAAUAUCCAAAAUGCUAUAUUGUAGAGUGCGGAUCAUGUGCAACCAGAGUACGAAAUCGAAUCACUUCUUUCGUUGCCUAGUUCGUCCUCCGUUUUCAGUUCCUUCUCUUUUUCUUUUCUUUUUUUCCUUUCUUUCUUUUUUGUAUAGCGAUCAUUUUUGUACGAAAAGAACGAGCCUUUUUUUGAAUAACAAAGAGAAAAGAAAAAAAAAAGAAAAGAACCAUAAUGCAAUUUCUUUGGAUUGCAAAAAGCAACUCUUUACAUUUAAGUGAAGUGUCUUAACAUUUUAUAUUGUUUUAAAAAUAUAUUUACAUAUUAUAUAUAUAUAAUAUACGUAAUAUAAAUAUAUAUAUAAAUAUUUAAAAACAGAAGAAAUAAAAGAACUCUCUUCACGGCUGGUAUAUGAGGGGGUGGCUCUUCUUCCCUGGUGAAAUUGUUGCUUUAGAAACGCAGCUUUAACGCUAACACUCAGCUUACCGUCCUGUUUCCAUGCUUUUCCUAGACCCCUCCCUGUUGCCUGUCUCUCCUCCCCCCUUCUGACAUUUGGUGUGCAUGGUGGGAGAGGCUGGUAUGCAUGUGGAGGGAGCCACUGGUGCCUGUGUGGGACACCAAGCACCAGGACCGGUUGUCGGUAGCAGGGAUUGAACCUGUGACCCCUGGAUUGUAAAGUAUGACCUUUAAAGCCCAAGUCUUGGGGCUGAAGCAGACUUCUUGCCCGCGGCGGCAGGGGCAGGGCGGGGCGGGGGGAGAACAGAGCACCAAGCCGGUUACACUUGUCCCAGCUCCACUGUAGCAAUUUUUAAGCGGUGGGGGUCACAAGCUAUAGGCAGAGUCAGGCACACACUGGGCUGAUGGGUCGUUUUUUCCCCCGGGGAGGAGCCAGAUAAAAGGAAGAACAAGAGGCGGAGUUUAGUGGGGGACGUAGCGCCACCUGCUGGGCAGGGAGGAGAAGGAGCUGUCCCAGCUCUUCAAGAAAGUGCUGGGUUUAUGUCUAGAUUAUUUCCCCCUUGCCCGGCAUUGUCCGAGCCCUUCCCCACCCCAGGGCCAGCCUCAGCCCCUAGAAGUCCGACACCCCUCUCCGAGCCCGUGGCCCUGUGCCCCUGGCUGGAGCCAGACGGCUCGGCUUGGCUUGGCUUCACACAGUGGGGCAAAUGCUCAGGUGUGGCCUUUCGGGCCGAGCCGGAGCCAGGCUCAAGAGACAGACGGUGAAGCGUUCAUUUAAAAAAAUAAAAUAAAAAAAUUUUCAGUACCAAAGUGAACCAUUGUAGCAAAGCUGUGGCUUCUGAUUGCGCCCCUGGCUCCCCUCCCCCCAGGCACCGUCCCACUGGUCCCCUGAACCCACUUCCACAGCCUGCCUAGGGCCAGGCCAAAGAAAGACCAUCCCUGCAAAGGCCAGGAGGUGGCAGUGUCAUGGCUUGUCUCAUGGCCGCUAGUGAGUGAUGGGUGCCCACCCACCAGGCCCUGCCGGGAUGGGGGUGUGCCCAGCUCAGAGGGGGAGUGCUGAGGGCAGAGCACCCAGUAUUAAGGAUGGCCAGAUGCCCUGGUGAAGGCCUUCCAGCUCCCAUGGGGGGAAGACACACCCCCCCCCCCCCCCCCCCGUGCCUCAAGGUAGGGGCUGGACAGGUCGAUGCUGCUGUGGGCCAGUGCGUCACGGUCUUGCUCCUGCCGGCGUGUGAGUAGGAAGGGUGGGGAGGCUUAUAAUAGAAACGCUGGCAUAGCCUCACCCCUGUAGCUAAGGGCUAGCCCCCCCACACACAGUGCUCCCCCCCCACUGGAGGGGAAGGUGUUUUUAAAACCCAGUCAGGUAAACCACUGCCAGCCACUCACCCUGCCUUCGGCCUCACCUGGACGUGCUUAACUUGAUUUCAACCUGGCCUCACGCCGGCUGGAACGGGCUCGCGGGGGCAGGCCGCUGUGUCACUAAAUUAGCAAAAAAUGCUGCGGCCUGCUUGUGGG